UGGGAAGCAGUCAAGGUAGAAGACGGGGAGCAGGAUCAAAGAGGCUUUUGGGGACGCGUCUGCCUUUUUCUUGUCUUUAAAACGAAACAGCCCCGGCUGACCUCGAAUUGCGGCAGUGACGAGACGUGGAUUCAGUGGGCAACGACUCGUUCCCUCUUACAGUGGCAGGGGAGUGGACGCCCGGCAGAACAGUGGGUCCAAGCCGCGCCUGAAGCUUCCGUCGUCAUCUUUUCUGCCCUGCCCCUACCUACCUACCUCUUUACCUCGAGGUACGGAUAA